AUGAAAGUUGCGAGGCUCACUCUUCGUCCGCGCAUUGCGUCGGUUUGCCGUGGUCCAGCACAGCGUCGAUUCAACACCAAUUCCAACCGAAGGGCACAGAACUCACCUGAAAUCUCCUCCCCCGCAAAACAAACGUUUAAUGUGAAAGGGUUGACAGUAGGUGUUGCGGUGGUUGCUGGCCUGGCGGGCUAUGGCAUCUCAACACUUUCUACUAGCGACACAAACAAAUCAAGCAGCACGCUUCCUAUUCUGGACCAAGAGCGACUUCCUGCAGUCAAAUAUGCAACACUCGAAGACAUGCAAAAGGCCAUAGCUCAAAUCGAAUACGAAUUGCGCGACACAGAAGAUAUAAUCUCAACUGACGAUGAAGAUCUCAAAAUGCACGGGUUUUCAGAGUGGUCAUCUGUCAAUAUCGACACGCUACCCAUCGCUGUCGCGUAUCCUCGAAACACCGAACAAGUUAGCACGAUUGCGCGCAUUUGCCACGAAAGGAGAGUCCCAAUCAUCCCGUACAGCGGCGGCAGUAGUCUCGAAGGACACACUGCUGCACCCUUCGGUGGUAUCAGCAUGGACUUCGUGUAUAUGAACCAGAUCAUAAAGAUCAAUGAGGAUGAUAUGGAUGUCGUGGUUCAACCCAGUGUCCAGUGGGUGGACUUGAACGCAAAGCUAAAAGAUAUGGGAACUGGACUUUUCUUCCCAAUGGAUCCAGCCCCCAGCGCUAAAUUCGGAGGAAUGAUCAGCACGAAUUGCUCAGGCACAAAUGCAGUCCACUACGGUACCAUGCGCGACUGGGUCAUCAAUCUCACCGUGGUUCUCGCCGAUGGAACCGUCAUCAAAACUCGCAAGCGCCCGCGCAAAUCCAGCGCCGGAUACAACCUUAACGGCCUCUUCGUCGGUUCUGAGGGUACUCUCGGAAUUGUGACCGAAGCCACGCUGAAAUUGGCCGUUCUGCCCGAAAACUACUCUGUUGCGGUGGUACCUUUCAACACUGUUCACGAUGCUAUCUCGGCUGCUACCAAGGUCAUCCGUAGAGGAGUUCCAGUUGCCGCCCUCGAACUCAUGGACGAGACUCAGAUGCGUAUCGUGAAUGAGGGUGGCGUUACGCGGCCGCGAGUAUGGCAGGAAAAGCCAACUCUCUUCUUCAAGUUCUCUGGGUCUAAGCUUAUGUUGGAAGAGGCUAUUCAGAAUGUGAAACAGAUUACUGAAGCUUAUGGCUCACAAGGAUUUGAAUUUGCUCGUGACGAGCGAGAGCAGACACUUCUCUGGUCUGCGCGGAAAGAGUCGCUCUACUCUUUACUAGCGCUUCGCAAGGAGGGCGAAGAAAUGUGGAAUACGGAUGUCGCAGUCCCAUUGAGCCAUCUAGCCGAUAUCAUUGUCGCAAGCAAACAAGAAGCUGCCGCCUUGGGCUUGAACGCUUGCGUCAAGGGUCACGUUGGCGAUGGUAACUUCCACGAGAAUAUCACAUACGACGGCACAAAGCCAGAGGAGUAUGAGAAAGCCAAGAAGGCUGUCAAAAACAUGGUUCAACGGGCGAUCGAUAUGGAGGGAACUUGCACGGGUGAACACGGUAUUGGGUUUGGUAAAAAGGAGGCUCUUCAAAAGGAGGUUGGGAAUGCGACUAUCUCCUUCAUGAAAAUUCUCAAGGGAACUUUUGACCCUCACUGGAUUAUGAAUCCUGGGAAGGUUUUUGAUCGGUAG